CAGUUGCCAGCAGCCCCUCUCUUGGCUCCUUGACACGAGCACCAUAUAAGGCGCAGCGAUCUCCAUAGAAACGUGUCAGUUUCAAUAGUAGUGUCAAAGUUCACUAUAUACAGACAUUCGCGCAGAUCUCCGUUUCGGAAACGCUGCUCCACUGGUCCUCCCGUUAAAACGCAUUCAUUUUUUUUGCUGGGGUUCUCCUGCUUCUUGCAUAUUCUAUCAGUUGUGGGUUUUUGUUUUUUUCUUCUUCUUCUUCUUCUUCCUCCUCUCUCUCUCUCUCUCUUUAUCCUCGCUCCGUUCAGACUGGAGAGGUGAAACUGCAAUAGACUCUCGGGCGACGUUGUUUUUCUGCUGGACCAGAUGAGCUUUAUUCAUGAACAUAGAUAGAGAAUUCCGCUCUUCAGUCUUUCCUUCUCUCCAACCACGAAGACGGAGAAAGGAGCGGAGAAGGGGGAAAGAAGGGGAUUUAUUUCGCACCGCACUUUGGAUCCCGGAGCCGAUCGCGAGUUUUUGACAUUUUUUUCUUUCACCGUCAAUGUGAAGAAUAUUUAUUAAGAUAUUUGAAGAAGAAAAAAAAAAAAAAAAAAACACUGAUUCCCGUUACGUCUGGCUUCGUUUCUUCUACGCGACCGGGGCUCCCGAAUGGCUGACUGCGAGCUGCCUUGGAACUGGCCUCCCGAUAACUGCAUAUCCUAAUCGGCUGCAUUUUCUUUUUUUUUUCUUUUUCUUUUUUGUAUCCCUGCGACUCCUCGCAUGCUGUUUUUGAGUGCAUCGAUUGUUUUAGGUUUUUAGGUUUUUUUCUUCUUGUUUUUUUUCUUCUUUUCUUCCUAUGAGAUUGACCGCUCCGGUUUGACUUCCGCGCUGCCGUUUCCCACCGCGAUUCUUCCCUUUGCAAGAAGCUCCGACGUCCGAGCGACCGGUUCGCUUGAAAGCACUUUCCGGGCCCGAGAUAUGGCAAUGGUAGUUAGCGUUUGGCGCGAUCCGCAGGAAGACGUGGCCGGAGGAGCGGCGAGCGGCCCGAACCCCGCAGCGCAGCCGGCGAGGGAGCAGCAGCAGGCGCCGUCGGCGGCACCGCACACCCCGCAGACACCCAGCCAGCCGGGAGCGCCGUCCACCCCGGGCACGGCUGGGGACAAGAGCAGCCAGAACUCAGGCCAGAGCCAGCAGCACAUCGAGUGCGUGGUUUGCGGAGACAAAUCGAGCGGCAAGCACUAUGGCCAGUUCACCUGCGAGGGAUGCAAAAGUUUCUUCAAGCGGAGUGUCCGGAGGAACUUAACGUAUACAUGCCGUGCCAACAGGAACUGUCCUAUUGACCAGCACCACCGCAAUCAGUGCCAAUACUGUCGGCUCAAGAAGUGCUUAAAAGUGGGCAUGCGGCGGGAAGCGGUUCAGCGAGGAAGGAUGCCUCCAACCCAGCCGAACCCAGGCCAGUACGCGCUCACCAACGGGGACCCUCUGAACGGCCACUGUUACCUCUCCGGAUACAUCUCUCUCCUGCUCCGUGCCGAGCCUUACCCCACGUCCCGGUACGGCAGCCAGUGCAUGCAGCCCAAUAAUAUCAUGGGGAUCGAGAACAUCUGCGAGCUGGCGGCUCGCCUCCUCUUCAGUGCAGUGGAAUGGGCGCGGAACAUCCCUUUCUUUCCCGACCUGCAGAUCACCGAUCAGGUGUCACUUCUCAGACUCACAUGGAGCGAGUUGUUCGUGCUAAACGCGGCGCAGUGCUCCAUGCCGCUACACGUGGCGCCGUUGCUCGCCGCCGCCGGCCUGCACGCGUCGCCCAUGUCCGCCGACCGUGUCGUGGCCUUCAUGGAUCACAUUCGCAUCUUCCAGGAGCAGGUCGAGAAACUCAAGGCCCUGCACGUCGACUCGGCUGAGUACAGCUGCAUCAAAGCCAUCGUGCUCUUCACGUCAGACGCUUGCGGCCUGUCGGAUGCAGCCCACAUCGAGAGCCUGCAGGAGAAGUCUCAAUGCGCUCUGGAGGAGUAUGUGAGGAGCCAGUAUCCGAACCAGCCGAGUCGCUUCGGCAAGCUGCUGCUGCGACUGCCCUCACUGCGUACCGUCUCCUCAUCCGUCAUCGAGCAGCUGUUCUUCGUUCGCUUGGUAGGUAAAACUCCAAUUGAAACCCUCAUCAGGGAUAUGUUGCUAUCCGGGAGCAGCUUCAACUGGCCCUACAUGUCCAUUCAAUGAUCCCAGCGUGCGAAACAAUAAAACAAAACCCGAGAGACUAAAGGACCAAAACUCUACAACCCUCCUUUCAAGAAGACUAUAUCUAUAUCUAUAUAUAUAUUAGAGGACCUCGUUUCUGAUCACAUUGGAAGACUUUUUUUUUUUUUCUUUUCUUUUUUUUUGUUGGACCGAAAUGGAAUACGUAAUGUACAAAGAUAAAAAAAAAAAAAAAAGCCCUGGACUUAACCCUUAUGUAAAUCCACCAUCAUCUUCAAGAACACUCUCCAUUUUUUGUAAAAUACUAGUCUUUAUUUUCCUUUUUGUAAAAAAAAAAAAAAAAGAAAGAAAAAUCAAAAUACGUACAGAUAAAUUGAAGAACAUCAUAUGCGCAGUAAAAAUGAAUCAAAACUUAGCGGGAGAUUAACGUUCCCAAGCAAUUAUAAGAAAAUGUCCUGUGUCUGUGUAUCUCUGUUUUGUAUUUUUUCUGGUUCUAAACCAGUUUUUUUCUGUGAUUCUCUACUAAUGAUUUUGAUAUAACAUUUUGCUUCUUAUACCGAGUGCGAUAUAUGUUGUUGAAGCUAUGUUCUCCAAGAAUUAAAAUUGAAGUGACAAUUUAAAAACAUUAAAAAAAAAAUAAAGAAAAUUUUAGACAAAUAAGAAACGGUCUAAUCGCUAUGACAAUAUCACUGAUGGUUGAACUUUUCCCCCAAUUGAUGCUCUAUGGACAUGCAACUUGCGGCAAAACUGACCUCAUGGACAAUUGAAGGAGAGGACGCCUUGGUCGUGUGUGUGAGUGCGUGUGUUGAGUCAAUCAUCAAGUCACAGAGGAAAGACAUGGAAAAUUAAAAAGCACUUUUAAUAUAUCAUUUUUUCAAAAAUACAUUUUGUUUGUUUUGUCUUGAUAUUUUCGUUGUUUCCUUUUUUUUUAUCGGUUGUUGCUUCCAUUUUGCUCAAAUUCAUGAUAUGUUUGUGCAGAAGGGUCGCUUGAUGAAGUUGUGUGAUGGUGACUAUACUAUUAAAAAAAAAAGAAAUAGGCAA